AUGUCGUCCGAUCAAGGUGUUUCAUCUUCAACAAACAACAAUAAUACAGGUUUUCAACCCGUACGUCCUAAUUCGGACAAUAUGGGACACGGAUUUGAAAAUCAAAUGCAUAUGUUUGCUAUGAAACAACAGCAACAACAACAACCGAUGGCUUCACCUAUAACUGGUACGAUUUAUUCAGGUCCACCAGCUAAAUAUUUAAAUAAUAACAGUGGGUAUAUGAGACCUAUGUUACCACCACAAAAAUAUGUCACACAUAAUGGCUCAUCAAUGCAACAACAACAACAACGUCGACAAAACAACAAUGGAGUUGAUAAUGCAACAAAUGAUUCAGUCAAUAAAAGAAAAGUUUUUGUUGGUGGUCUUAGUCCAGAUACAAAGAUGGAACAUCUUCGUGACUAUUUUUCAAAUUUCGGAGCUGUUGAAAGUGCAACUGUUAAAUACGAUAAAUCAGGUCGCUCAAAGGGUUUUGGUUUCGUUCUUUUUGAAGAUCCUGAUACACCCAAUAAAGUUUACUCUCAAGAUGUGCAUAUAAUUCAAGGCAAACGUGUAGAUACUAAAUCUGCACAUCGUCGUGAUCAAGCUUUAGCUCGAAAAGUUUUCGUUGGUGGUUUAGAUACCGAAAUUACUGAUGCUGAAUUGCGAGAAUAUUUCUCUCAAUUUGGAAACAUUGCUCAAAUCGAAGCACCAAUUGAUAAAAUAAAACAAAAACGUCGUCCAUUUUGUUUUAUACUUUUUGAAAAUGAGCAAAGUGCAGAAGAAGUUCUUAAACAACCUCGACAUACCUUAGCCGGCAAAUCUAUUGAUUGUAAACAUGCAAAUCCAAAAAAUUUGGAAAACAACCAACAAAAUAAUAAUAUGAUGCAACAACAACCAUUAGCACAUUAUAAUAUGCCUGGUUUAAAUCAAAAUCUAUUUCAAUAUCAACCACAACAACGUUCACAACAACAAUUACAAUAUCAACAAGUUGCACUUGCUGCUCAACAACAACAUUAUCCAUUUUACAAUCAACAAACAAAUCAACAAGGACAAAAUCGCUCACAAUCAAAUCGACAACAAUUACAAACAAAUAAUCAAGCAUGGUCACCAUUAAGUCCUGCUCAAUGGCAAAAUCCAAACUAUGCUGAUCCACGUUCAUAUGGUUCAUAUGGACCUUCAUCGGCAUCUGCUUCGAAUGCAACUUGGCAAGUAGGUCCUCAUCCACAAGGUAAUUCUUAUGGUCAAGGACGAUCACAAUCAGGUAAUUCAAGCAAUACACCUGCUGCAAAUUCAAAUUCAGCACAAUAUUCCUAUCCGGGAUGGAAUUUUAAUCAAGCACAAAAUUCUCAAGGUCCAGCAAAUCAAUAUAAUUAUGGUGGAGAUUCUUCAAAUGGUCCACCAAAUGCAUUUGCAUAUCAAGCACCAACUGGUUACGAUCAUUUUUCGUCCGAUUCGGCACCUCCACCCAAUUACAAUCGUCAAUGA